CACUCUGUUCAUCGGUUUCUCUGUAGACCCUCUAUUUGGGCAGGGGCUAGGCCUCUCAGCCAGUGCACCUGCUGACUUACUGUGAACUAAGAGCAUCCCUAAAAGCCUCCUUUUCUUUUCUGGACAGUUUACUUGAAGUGGAAGCACUGCGAGACGCCAGGCGUGAAGACCCUGUGCAAUCUGAAGAAACUUCUGAACCGGCUUCAGAAAGACCACCGGGAGGACGUCUACCUGUACAUCUCUGGACACCUGAACCCCAACAAGCUCUACCGGCCUCCCGACACGGUCUUACAGCACUGGCCCAAUGCCAACCGGCCCAGGGAGCAGCGUGUCCCUGGGGUGGGAGAGCCGCCUGCAGGACAGGUGGCGAGGAUGAAGGAGGCCCUGGCCCGCUUCACCAUACACACGGCGCUGGUCCCCAGCGAUGCCCAGGACACGCCAUUGUUCAGGUACCUGAACCCCCAGGCCUCUCUUUCCCACACUUCAGCGGAGGAUCUCCUUCCAAUGGAGGCUCUUGGAGAAGGGAAGGAGGAGAUGCACAGAGGCCCACCUGGAUGGCGCAGGAGGGAACUCCGGCUGCCUGACGUGAAGGUGCUGCAAUACCAGGAGGUCGGGCUCAGAGGUGCCAGGGACCAGCACUGCUAUGUCAGCUCCUACCUGGCUGGGGUCACCAAGGCUGACAGCUACAGGAUGUUCCUGCAUUUCCAGAAGGAAGUGCUUGCUAAGCAAGAUCUCCUGGAAAAUGACUUCACUGGGAGCAAGGUGGCCAAAGGCCAUGAGAGAAAGCUGCAGCAGGAGCUCCAGAAAAUUUGCACAUGCAGCCCUCAGCAGUUCAACAGACUGUACGUCUUUGGAAAAGUCUUUGAAGAUAUUUGUAAGAGUUCUUUGGUAUUUGGUGAUCUCUUGAAAGAAGUUAAGGAUGAAUACGAACUCUACAUGGCGACGCUCCUGGAGUCCCAGCGCCCAGCACAGUACGAGGCUCUUCUGGCUCAACUCAAGGGGCUGGAGCAGAGGCCAGUGAAGACAGCAGACGUGGAUCUUGCCAGGGAAGAGCUGAGGAUGCUCGUGAAAGCCAUAAAAGCAGCCCUGGAGCGCAAUGACAGCUGCUGCAGCCUUGGCUGCCUGUCUGUCAACUGAGCCAUUCUGGAGCUCCUUCUGAGUUUUGUGGCGAGAAUUCAACAUGUUCACCCACAUCACCCAAGAGCACCGGGCCUGGCAUGUGGUGGUCACUGCCUGUUUGUUGUUCAUCUUUUUAUUAUUAAUUGUGAGGAAGAAUAUGCAUUUCAUGGGGAAUUAAUUAUGUUUUAUGAAUAU